AUGGACCAGCAAGACUAUAGGCAACAGAAUGAUCAUGAGAGAAGACUCCUACUGUCCAAAGAAGAAGAGAGGAUCCGAGAUGAGCUUGAAAUGGAAAUAGAAAGAAAUCUGGAAGCAGAAUUCAAGGAUGGGAUUUACAAUCUUGCACUCAAGCUACGCAGGCUGUAUGAACAGAGACGGGAAAGAGAAGAGUCGUCCGAUGUUUCCAUGAGAAAGAGCAAGAGAGUCUUGGAGGUGAACAUAAGUAUCAAGAUGGAAGGAGAUACCAAGAUUGAGAUCACAGAGAGGAAGAAGGAAGCAGACAACGAAAAGACGAAAAAGGCUGAGAGCCUGGACAAGAGAAAGAAGUUUGCAGCUGGUGGUGAAGAUAAAACAAGAAAGGAGAAGAUGAAGAUUCCAACCAGAGCUCAUGAACUCAGAUGGAAAUGGUAA